AAACGCUGUACAGGGCGGCGCCGGCGCCGGCGAGCGGGGCCGGGAAUCUCAACUGGUCCCUGCCUUCUCGCGUUUUUUUCUUGGGCGGCGAACUAUCGCCUGCACUUCUUCUUUUCGGAUGGCUGGCUUAGGCGACGCCGCCAAGGAAUACAUCGCUGGAUCCGUUGCCGGCGUAGCCCAGGUGGUCGUCGGCCACCCUUUCGACACUGUGAAGGUCAAACUGCAAGCUCACAAUACCACGGCUCACGGAAAGGUCUACAAGAAUGCAUUCCACUGCACUAGUAGGAUACUUGUUGAGGAAGGAGUAAGAGGGUUGUAUAGAGGCGCAUCAUCUUCAUUUAUUGGCAUAGCACUUGAAAGCUCCCUUUUCUUUGGCACAUAUGCACAGGCCAAACAAUUACUACAGGGAAAGACUGAGGAUUCUAAACCUCAGCUACAUGUAAUUAUCCCUUCUGCUGCCUGUAGUGGAGCCCUGAUCAGCUGCAUCCUUGCUCCGACUGAGCUGACCAAGUGCAGAAUGCAAGUUCAAGGGAAGGAAGCAAUGUAUGCAACUCGAUAUUCCAGCCCUCUAGAUUGUGCUGUGAAAACACUUCAAAGUGAAGGGGUUAGGGGUAUAUUUCGUGGUGGUUUAGCAACAUUGUUCAGAGAGGCAAUUGGCAAUGCUUUCUUCUUCUGCACUUAUGAGUACAGCCGAUAUUGGAUGCAUAACUAUAUAGAUUCUCGACGAUUUUCUGACAACAGUCACUUAGUUGUGGCAAAAGACGUCGGAAUAGGAGUCAUGAGUGGUGGGAUUAGUGGAAUGGCUUUCUGGACAGCUACCCUGCCACUGGAUGUUGCAAAAACUAUUAUUCAGACUGAUCCUGACCCUCGGUCGAGCCGAAACCCCUUUCGGGUUUUAAACAUGGUCUAUAGGAGAGCUGGUCUGGCUGGCUGUUAUGCUGGUCUAGGACCAACACUAGCAAGAGCAUUCCCUGCGAAUGCAGCAGCGAUUGUUGCCUGGGAGUACAGUGCUAAGAUUCUUGGUUUAAGGCGUGACUAGUACUGUCGUGUUGUACGGGAGAUACAAUGCGGGUUUGUACUUGUGGGCUUCGGGCAAUAUUUACUUUUGUUUUCCCACAAACUCAGGAAGUCAAUGAGUUAAUCAAUUUUCCUGGAUUAGUUGGUAUUUAUCUCCAUGAUGGCUAAAAGGGAAGAGUGGCUUUAUUUAGGGCUGAUGUAUUUCCACGUUUAAUUGCUGUCACUUCGCUUGCUACUACUAUGGAAAUCUCUUUAGGGUUUACAGAUUGGAGUUUACUUUGAGAAUUGGGAAGAACGUUGUUAGUCACUGCCUCACUGGGCAGGACACAAAUAGUCUUCCAGGAAGAGAGUGCGGUACGAAGUACAUGUCAAAACAAUUAUCCCCUUCUCAACUCCUAGUUGCUUUCCUGUACAGUGUGGUACCAGCUCUUUUCCAAGACUAGCUAUACUCGUGUGUGCGUACAGAAUUCAAAUGCCCGUGUAUUGUAAUAUAAU